CAUACCUUUCUCGGCCUUUUGGCUAAGAUCAAGUGUAGUAUCUGUUCUUAUCAGUUUAAUAUCUGAUAUGUGAGCCAUCGGCUCACGCGAUAUUAAAUUUAUAUUUUGAGGGGGAGAGUCCACAACAGUAGCUUGCUACUUGGGCUCUCGAGCGUCGCCCAUGCGUUGCACUACAGCACGGGCCUGGCGCACCCCACCAAAAUCAAGCUCAAAUAUUUUUUCUACUCUACUGGUUCGAGCAUUCGGCCUUGAUCCUUGUGCUUUCGAAAGGUCAGCUUCUCUUGACAAGAGGAAGUUAGGUUGGUAGUUAAACGUGUGUUUGAAUGGCAGUUUGUUUUGAAACGUGGAAGACAAACAAGAGGGUCAAAAUUUGGGUACCAGUGUUUUUACCCUUUUAUGCUUUGAAUUGACCACCCUGUGACAAUGGUGAAUGCCCUACCCUGAAAAGAACAAGGCUUUUAGAAUCCAGAGUUUGAUGGAAAUCAAACUGCGUCCCUAUGAAUUAUCUGAUGUGGAUGCCUUCAUGGAGUGGGCAUGCGAUGAUGAAGUAAUUCGAAAGAGCAGGCUAAGGCACUACACUUCAAGAGAAGAUGCACUUGUUUAUCUUCAGGAAGUUGCCAUACCCCAUCCAUGGUACAGGGCCAUAUGUUUGGAGGAAAUUCCGAUUGGAUUUAUAUGCGUCAAACCAGGGUCUGCCAAUGAGAGAUGUAGAGGUGUCAUCAGCUUUGCUCUUGGAUCAAAGUACUGGGGCAAAGGUAUAACCACAAUGGCAGUGAAAAGGGUUAUGUCUACUGUGUUUCAAGAGUUUCCGGAUAUGGAGAGAUUGGAAGGCUUUGUUGAUGUGGAUAACAAGGCCUCGCAAAGGGUUCUGGAAAAGGCUGGGUUUCAAAAGGAAGGUGUCCUUAGGAAAUAUGUAAUCGUCAAAGGAAGGACUAUUGAUGUUACUAUGUAUUGCUGUCUAAAAUCCGACAACAUUAUUACUUAGAAGGUUUUUUUUUUUUUUGUUCCUUUCUCUUGAUCAUUUUGAUGAAACUUUGUUCUUGAAUUUGGCUUUGUUAUUCGAUCUUUGUUACAAAGGUUGGUCUAUUAGAUUCUAUAAUGGGUUUUAGACAGAAAAGCUCAACGGACUUGACUA